UGAGUGCACUGUCUACCCUGCAAGGGAAUGCAGGGAGUAGAAUGAAGAGGGAUCGCCAAAAUACUCAAAGUACACCGCCUCCGUCACCUGCUGAAGAUAAAAAUAAAAGUUCAAAAGCUUGCUGUUUUUGCUGGUGUUGCUGUUGCAGCUGUAGCUGGACGCACAGUCUUGCCGUACGAGAUCCAUCAGAAAACGAAAAACAAAAAAGCGACACAAAAAUGGAGUUAAAAGAUAAAGAGAUAGAAAAACCGUCACGUGAUGAGAUAAAGUCAUGGGGCGAAUCAUUCGACAGACUCAUGAAAAGUGCAGCUGGCCGGGAUUCAUUCAGAGAAUUUCUCAAGUCUGAAUACAGUGAAGAAAAUUUACUAUUUUGGCUAGCUUGCGAAGAAUUACGGCAUCAAACGGAUCAAGAGAUUAUAGAAGAAAAAUCCAGGCUGAUAUACGAAGAUUAUAUCUCAAUACUUUCACCUAAAGAGGUGAGCCUUGACUCACGGGUACGAGAGGUCAUUAAUAGGAAUAUGGUGGACCCCACACAGCAUACCUUUGAUGAUGCACAACAACAAAUUUAUAUCCUAAUGCAUAGAGACUCCUACCCAAGAUUUAUAAAUUCACAAAAAUAUAAACAACUAUUAUGCAAAGGAUGAAAUCGUCCAAGCCUGUUUGAUCUAAAGUUCCAUUCCUAUAGCUGUCAUUUGUGUGCUUGUUUUAAUGUGUGAGGUUGUGACUCACCGACAGACACAGUAAUAAUAAUAAUUGUUCAAGAUGGCGG